UUUUAAUCAGAAGAAAAAAGGCUGCGGGUCAGAAAAACGAGCGUGUGGAUUUAAAAGAGAGACUCAGAAGAAGUUUGAAGGUCAUGGCGGCGACUUUGCCCAGGACACUCGGCGAGUUGCAGCUCUACCGCAUCCUGCAGCGGGCCAACCUGCUGUGCUACUACGACGCAUUCAUCCAGCAGGGCGGCGACGAUGUGCAGCAGCUCUGCGAGGCCGCCGAGGACGAGUUCCUGGAGAUCAUGGCGCUGGUCGGCAUGGCCAGCAAGCCUCUGCACGUGCGGCGCCUGCAGAAAGCUCUGCGUGACUGGGUGACCAACCCGGCACUGUUUAACCAGCCGUUACCUUCACUACCUGUCUGCAGCAUCCCGGUCUACAAGCUUCCAGACGGUCCCGGCGUGUCCGUCAAGGCUUCUAAAGUGGACCCGCCUAAAGCCGAGGCGGGCAGUGGAAGUUCGUCGGCCACGGCGUCACCACUACAGACUGGUAACGAGCCCCGUUUCUGGGCGGAGCGCAGCAUAUCGCCCGCCGAGCUCGGGUCGCCGUCGUCCCCGCUACCUCGUGACACGCUCGAGGCGCUGGACUCCGCUGCCGUACAGGCCGUCACCGAAUGCGUAGACAGGAUGGCCCGGGCGCUGCCCAAAAGUGACCCGACCGAGCUCAGGGAGCAAUUAAAGACCAACAAGAAGCUGGCCAAAAUGAUCGGACAUAUCUUUGACAUGAGCGACGACGACCCGCGCAGGGAGGAGGAGAUACGGAAAUACAGCGCCAUCUACGGACGAUUCGACUCCAAGAGGAAAGACGGCAAACAUCUCACGUUACAUGAGCUGACCGUAAACGAGGCCGCGGCUCAGUUGUGUAUGAAGGAGGUGGCGCUGUUAACGCGCAGGGACGAAUUAUUCGGACUCGCUCGGCAGGUCUCCAGAGAGGUCACGUACAAGUACACCUACAGAACCAGCAAAUCUCGGUAUGGAGACAGAGACGAACCCUCGCCGAAGAGGAUUAAAACGGAGCAGGAGGGAUUUUUCGACCUGCAGGAGGCGCUGCAGGCCAUCCACAUGCGCCAGGAGACUCUCCGGGAGCAGUUGGCUCUGGCCAGGUCCAAGGGAGAGGAGACGGUUUCACGGAACAUCCAGGUCCAGCUCGAGCGCUUGCUGGCGAAGCAGAUGGAGAUUUUACACGACGCGGCGGCGCAGGACCGGCUGCAGGCCCUGGAGUGGCGGGUCCCGCCCGGAGCCUUCAAACACGCCGCCGAUGCACCGAGCGCCAACGGGUUACAGAGCGGCGCCGAGAAACAUGCUGAUCAGCACGGUGAGAGGCCGCUGAACUUGCGGGUGACGGGACACAGGGCGUCGGACGGGGACACGACUCUGGGAAAACAGCUGGCCAACGAACUGAAGCGACACCAUCAGGUCAACGCUGAGAGCAAAGCGGCCGCCAACACAGAGAACGGCGGCGGAGCAGACGGCACCUCCUGCGCCCUCAACCUCUCCGAAAAGAAGACCAUCAAAUCCGAGCCCGAGGACUCCAGAUAGCAGGCCCGAGUCUCCGCCCGUGCCGUGCCGUCCCGUCCCACAGACGAACUGCGCCGUCGCCUCGGCGAAUACUAAAGGAGCACAACUACAGUCGAGCCUUAACAACCGCCGUUGCCUCAGAAUCGAGAACAGAAUCUUCAGUUCCACUUUUAUUUUUUAGCCAAAGCACCUCGAGCCCUUAUUUUCACCCCUCACCGAAUCUGUGUCGUCUGUAUACUGACUGUAUAUGCAAGCGCCCCAACCCCCCUCCCAUCCUCCGUCUGCGUUAUUUUCCCUCUCUAUAUAGAUCGGCGUGGACCGCGCCGUCCGCUACCUGUACAUACGUUUGUUGAUACGUGGAAAUGAUUGUAUUUAACUGUAUUUAAACGGACGGUAUUUAAAUACAGCUCGUGCCGUGUGUGUAAAUAUCGA